AACAAAUCCCUCGCUUCCUAUUCACUGGCCCUGCCUUCCGACGCUACCGGAAGUGCGUCCCAGUUGUGAUCGAACAUUGCGGAAGAUACCCUGCGCUGUCGGUAAAAGGCGUACCGGCUCUCCGGGAUAUCGGUGAGGGAUUUAUACUUCCAUUAAGGGGUCUGUGUGUAGAAAUAAGAUUCACUUCCGGGUGUCAUAGUUAGUGCUGGCUGAGGAUCCGACCUGUUUGUCGGGCGGGGUGGAUUAAUCGAGGCCGAGGCUCCGCUCCGUGUGCUGGGCCCGGCCUGGUCUUAUUAUUCCCGGCUGCUCCCCCGGGUGUACGGACGGCCUCGGACUGACACUGGCUGUCACUGCAUUUCCGCGAGACUCUCACACUGUCCGCGAUUCGCAGUGCCCAGCGCUAUUCACUAAAGUGCGAAUUGAUGUGAAGGCGAGGGGGAUUCCUGGCCCCCAGACUCCGGGUUUUAGCCAAUUCGAAUCACAUAUAAUCACAGCUCAUCUGAAAUAAUCACAGCCCGGGUAUUGUCUCGGCUUGGUUAUGUGUGCUUUUGUUUUGUUUUUUACAAAAUUGGCUAAACUAUGGAAAUUUUGUGAUGAAAUCCGAAAGUGAAUUUCAAAUGUCGGCUCUUAAUAGCAGAAUUUAAAAGUGUUUUUUUGUUUUUUUUUUUGUUGUGUUUUUUUUUUUACUUUCGUGCUAAAUGCUGAAUUCACAGUGAUUGUAAAAAUGUACAGGGUUAAAUGGAUGUCGGGCAAAAGUUAUAUCCUCAGGAAGUACUUGGCAGCCAGAGGAUAUCUGAAUGUAUCUUUCCUGGGUUAAACACAUUAUUAUUAUUAUUAUUCACAGAAGUGAGAAUUUAAGGUUAAUUUUUAACAUUUACGGUCAAGAUUGUCUAAUUUUGGAAAAUUCCCUGAGCUAGCUAACCUUUUAAUUUUGGUUAAACUAGCCUUAAAGGACCGCUAUAGUGCCAGGAAAACAUACUCGUUUUCCUGGCACUAUAGUGCCCUGAGGGUGCCCCCACCUGCCCGCUUCUGGAAAGGGGUUAAAACUUAGCUUUUUCCAGCGCUGGGCGGAGAGCUCUCCUUCUCUCCUCCUCCGUUCCUCCCCGCCGGCUGAAUGCGCACGCGCGGCAAGAGCUUCGCGCGCAUUCAGCCGGUCGCAUAGGAAAGCAUUUACAAUGCUUUCCUAUGGACGCUGGCGUGCUCUCACUGUGAAAAUCACAGUGAGAAGCACGCAAGCGCCUCUAGUGGCUGUCAAUGAGACAGCCACUAGAGGAUUAGGGGGAAGGCUUAACCCAUUAAUAAACAUAGCAGUUUCUCUGAAACUGCUAUGUUUAUUAAAAAAUGGGUUAACCAUAGCUGGACCUGGCACCCAGACCACUUCAUUAAGCUGAAGUGGUCUGGGUGCCUAGAGUGGUCCUUUAAUUUUAAAAUCCACUUGAAUUCUCACUUUAGUAACUAUAGAAUCAACUCGAAUUUUUUUUUUUUUUAACAGUCUAAGCUUUAGUGAUUAGCCAUGUGAGUAUGAAGGCUAUCCCUUGUAUUUAAAUACAGGAAUAAACCGUUUACAAUAUUAUUUACCAUUUGUCAUCAUGUAGGCAAGAAGCCAUCUAUGCAAAAUAUGGAUUUCUUCUUUUUGAAAGCUAAUAAAAAGUCAAACCAUGUCUAUAUAGUUUGCUGCUCCCUGCUUCUUCCUUUCUAGUACUGAGAGCAGAAAAUACAGCUAGGAGCUAAAUCCUGUAGUGCAUGGCCAGUUCAUUGGCUGGAAUUGUCACCUGAUCACUUUCAGCCAAUGAGCUAAGCCAUGCACUGCCAGGAGUAGCUCAGAGCUGAGCUUCUUGCUGCUGAGAUGCAGGGAGUUGCACUUGGGAGACCCAGAUAAGUAGUACUAGCACCAUAAAGGUGCUCAGGCUGCCAUUUUAAAGUCCAGCUGCUAAUUCAUUGAUAAUGACAAGACUACCUUUCGCUUCUUUAAAAGUUCCUCAAUACCCCACCACAAUAAAUAUUGGUGAAUAAUCUUGUAAUAGCUGACAAUUCUCACUUUACUAAAUAACCCUGUUAAAGUUGCUCUCUGAGCACCAUAAUCAUUUGAGGUUAUGUCGCCCGGGUACAGCUGGGGACUUUUAUGUAGUGUUAACCUAUCGGAAAACAUUUUAACACUAAACAGUCGAAUGGCACCAGUGAGGAUGCUUAUGGCAGCCACAUAUAGGGUGAAGUUUAAAGGGACACUAUAUGCACUCAGACCACUUUGUCUCAAUGAAAUGGUUUUGUUGCCAUGUUCUCCCUGAUUUUACCCUGCAGCUGAAUACAUUGGAGGGUUUGAAUGACUCUAGUAUCUGUCACUCAGACAGCAACUAGAGGCACUGUCAAUGAAAUAGAAUAAAACUAAGCUGUUUUAAUGAGGUGGUCUAAGAGAGACCAUCUUAGUCUGACAUUUUGCCGCACUAGCCUUCCAAAUGUUUUAAUUUCUGAAAUAAAUCUCUGAACUUGGCUAAGUAGAUGGAACCAAGUGGAACUAUAGUGUUAGCAAUACACAUAUGUACUCCUACCCCACUAUUACAGCUGACAGGACUUUUAUUAUUAUAUUUACCUGGAUCUUAAGGAUUAAAUCUUGUAGUUUAAUUUCAUGUCACUUUUUAAAUUAUUUUUUGUUUAUUUUUCCCAUAGACCUGUUUUUAAUACAUUAUAAUGCAUAAAAUGGAUCGAUUGCAGUAUGAAUUGUCCCUUUAAAUUGACACUUUAGGUGUUAUAACCACUUAUUUUAUUGAAAUGUUUAUAGUGCUUGUAAUCCCCUGGCUUCUUUCCACUUUUCAUAAAACUUGGCUUUUUACACAACUGGCAUAAUUGUAAACAAGUGUCCCUGAAGAAGAAAUAGCUGAGGCAUUCAUUAAAGGAGCCGUUUAGGCAACAUAACUUAAUUGAAGUUGUUAGGGUGCCAGGAAGUCCCAAGUGCUAGUUUACCCAUUCAUGGAAGGUUUAACUCCAAAGUUUGUGCCAUCCCCUUUCAUUCAGUUUUCUGAUUUUAAUAACAGAUGGCUCAGGCAAGGGUGAGCCAAUUUAACCCUUACAGGUAAGCUAGCACUAGUGUCCUCGGCCACUGUAACAACUUCCUUUCUUUGAAGUUGUUAUGGUGCCAGGGGUGUUCUUUUAACUCUGUCUGAUCAACACUAUUAUUAUUUUGUUAUGGAAACCAAUCUAUCAAAUGAAAGAAUACUAUAUGCAUAUUGUGUGACAAAAUGUUAAUACUAAAAGCUGAAACCCAUAAAGUCUGUAAAUCCAAACUAUAUUUCUUUCAGUCUAAUAUAAAAUUCUAAACUGUCACCAGUCAAUCCAUCUAAAAGGGUUUUUCCAUUCCGCUUUUCAACUUGCAACCCAGCCCCUCUCUGCUGCUCAGACUGAAUAGCAAUGAACAGCAGUGUUUGUCUCAGAGCAUUAGUUGAGCAGACUCAGCCUAUGACUGCCGACCAUUUCUGGAUGGUAUGGAUUAGUAUGUUUAAUACGGAGUCACACUCUGCAUUAGCCAUACCUCAGAUGGGGGAUGAAAAAAUUGAUGUAUUUGACACUGAACCAUGAGACAGCACCUGGUGACUCCAGGCACCAUAACUACUGCAGCUAGAUAAAGAGACACUUGAGGCACAGUUUCCUUUUCAAGUGCAACUUUUCCCAUUGUAAAGGAGAUGUACACUUCUAGAAACAUUAGCUGAUGAAAUACCCAUUGGCAUUAGUUAAGUAUGCUGAACAUUUCUGUUUACAUUUUGUCUUUCAGCUUUUUCAGACAUCGUGGGACUCAUUCAGUGUGAGUACAGGACUAGCUCUUGCCUUUGAGGUGGCCGUUGCAUAAGUGAGUUGAUUGCUAUUUGGGAGACACAGUGGAAGCCACAUCCUGCUUUUCUUGAUUCCUAUAGACUGACUAAGGAGUCAACAGGACGUUGCUUGUAAUAGCUAAUGUACAUUUGCUCUGCGACAUUCUUACACCUAUCUAGACAUGAUUGAAAAGUCUGCCUCACACCACAUUGAACAUAUUAUUCACUUAUCUGAUGAUACUACAUGACAGUUACAUAAACUUACAAGUGAAUUUGUUGUCUUGUUAACAUGACCACAUUUACAUUGUAUAUCCUACAUACUGUAGGUGUGAUGGUCAUUUGUCCACAUACUUUUGGCCAUAUAAUGUACAUUCUGUCUGUUGAAAAACGGGCACAAUAUUUCUGUUAUAGAAUUUUUCAGACAUUAUUAUGGACGUCCCUUGUUUAUUAUUAUUGCAAUUAUGCUUAUUAUGUUCACCUUAUUACAUUUUGAUAAAAUGGGGGGGACUAUCUGAUAUGCAUGUGUUCAACAUAAGUUUAUCUGAAAUACAGUAGUAAACUGUAGCUAAUCAAAAUGAUACAGUUGGUUUGUUUGGUUUAUCUAUAUUCCUUCAAAAUAACAUUAUGUUUGUUAACCUCCACAUGUCGUUAAGAAAGAGGGAGGUGUUUUUUUGUUUUUUUUUCCUCCUAGGUGAAGAAUUGGGAACUCGGUCUGGAUUAUUUUUUACUUUUUAUUUUUUUAUUUUUUUGCUCUUUCUGAAAUUCUUAAAUCAGUUUUACGCCUAAGAAGAUUUUUAUUUUUUUUUGCCGACUGCCUCUUCAACAGUGUCGACUAAUACCAUCCAAGUGAUUCAGUUAAUUUGUUUUGUGAUUUUUAUUUUUUUAUUAAUAUAUUAAUUUUUGGAAUAAAAAAAAAAAAUAUUUUAUUUAAAAAAAAAGAGGUGUUUUUUUUCCCCUUAAAUGGACUGCAUCAUUUUCUGUGAGAUUGGUAUAUAUGGCUAAAUGCCCCAAAGCCCUCUACAUCAUUUUUCUUGAAUACCCACUUAUGAAAAUUAAUUCUCCGAUUGCUGGUUCGUUUGACCUACAGGAGAGAGAAUAUUAAACUAAUUGAGGACUGCAUCCUUCAUCAAGACUGUACAGGUGAGUAUCUAAGAAAUCAAGAGUUUAACAUGUAUGCUAGAUGACACAUGCUGGAUGACAGUGGUUUCCAAACUUACGUGUGAAAACACUUGUUGAUUUGUAGUUGAAGAACCACUUGUACAUUAAAGGGACUCUCCAGUGCCAGGAAAACAAUCCGUUUUUCCGGCACUGCAGGUUCCCUCCCACCUCCCAUCUCCGGUUGCUGACGGGGUGAAAACCCCUUCAGUCACUUACCAGAGGCAGCGAUGAUGUCCCACGUUGCUACUUCUUCUUCUUCCGCUGCCGCUCCUCCCCUUGAUCACGUCAGCCGACGGGGGGAGACUGAUCACACCCGCCGGCUGGGGAGACCUAAUGCACGCGCAUUAGACCUCUCCAUAUGAAAGAAUUGAAAAUGCUUUUCAAUGCUUUCCUAUGGGGAGUUUAGCGACGCUGGAGGUCCUCACACAGCGCGUGUGAUCCCAGAAGUGCCCUCUAGUGGCUGUCAUCUAGCAGACAGCCACUAGAGGAGGAGUUAGCCCUGCAAGGUAAUUAUUGCAGUUUAAAAAAACUGCAUUAAUUACAGUUGCAGGGUUAAGGGUAGUGGGAGUUGGCACCCAGACCACUCCAAUGGGCAGAAGUGGUCUGGAUGCCUGAAGUGUCCCAUUAAGUGAAAGCUUGUUUAUUGAUUAAUGGAACACUACAAUUGCCAUAACGAUGAAGUUGCCUGGGCACUGACUUAACUCAAGGUGUUAAGCCGUCUACUAGCAGUUUAACCCAAAAAUCAUCCAGGUGGUGCCAAUAUGUCUCUAUAAUCCCUAUGCCUCUUUUCUGCUCCUGGUUUUAAUGCAAAAGCCCCAGACUGGGCUUUGGUAAUUUGCUGAGAGUGUCAACAGACACUCUCAGCCUAUCGCUGGUUCCCCAUUUGUUAAAAUGCAUGUGAAAGGUACAUCAUGGGAAGUGAUGCUCUUGGCCCAUUCCAAGGCUUUUGCAUUAAAGGAAGAGAUACAGGGAUCUAGAGGACUAUGACUGUUUUUAUCACUUUUAAAGUAAGAAUGAACUCACCACAUCUAAGCACAAUUACAUUUUCAUUGAGAGGAAGUUAUCACGGUGUCCUGAGUUUUCGUUUUACUGUUUAUGUGUGGAUUAAAUGGACAUUCUUGGCACCAAAAUCAUUUUAUUGAAGUGGUUAAGGUGCCUGGAGUCCCUAGGAGCUGUCUCUUAUUUCAUAGUUAAACCGUUUCUGAACAGUUUGAGGGUGACUCGGGGAUCCCUGAUGCUCUUUCUGGCCAAAGGCAGUGUUUUCCUUCACCUUACAGGGUGUCUGCUAACUAUUCUCACACUAUCACUGCCUGCUAUUGUUAGUAUUAAGUGGUGUGUUGUUAGGCAGAGUAUUACUUAGCCAUUCCGUCAGAGCCAAGCUAUGGGCUCCUGGAUCCUGAAUCACUGUUGAAUUGUUUUGGAGACUGCGCACAUCACUCACCAUAACCACUUUAACACAUUAAAGUGGUUAUGGUAUCCAUAUGUCACUUUAAUGCAUAAUCUGUUUAAAUACAUAUUUAACAUUUUUAUUUACAAUUUGUUUUUUAUUUUUUCUAUUAGAAACUUGUGAGGUGCACACAGCUUAUCACCUGUGAAAAGAUCUCUGAUAGAAUAUUGAUAUGCAGAACGCAGAACGUUUUAAAUUUUAAUCAACAUGUCGAACCAAGGAGAUGACUGCUAUUUCUUCUUCUACUCCACCUGCACUAAGGUAUUAGCCAAAGAUUGUUUGAUAGGAAGAACUGUGCUAAGUGAGUCUUUUGAAUGGUGACAUUCAUGCAUCACCGGGUUAAAACAUUGGCAUGUGGAAACAAAGAGCAUUGCUUUACAAAUGAAAAUGUUAACAUGAAAUUAAAUGCUUGGAAAUCAUCUAAGCCUUAAAUCUUCUUUUUGCAGGGGGACAGUUGCCCAUUUCGUCAUUGCGAGGCUGCCAUUGGGAAUGAGAUUGUUUGUAACUUGUGGCAAGAAGGGCGCUGUUUUCGUCAGGUCUGCAAAUACCGUCACAUGGCUAUUGACGUAAGUUCUUCCACCUUCAAUGUGUGACAAAAGUGUAAAGGGUUUUUGUAAGUUACAAUUUGAUCCUAUAGUUUUUGGGGGGUUUUAUGCAUUGUAUAGAUGUGGAAUCAUGAGCAUCUCUUCUGCACAGUAAGAAUUAAUCUUAUACCAUGUCCAGCAUGGGAUUUUUAGAUGCAUAGUUGGAACUGCUCAAUAAACUGACCGCAGGUAUGGAAUGGUUACCAUCUGUUUAUACAGUUAGUAUAGGCCAGUUUACUAUUUAGUAGGCCUGGCUGCUUCAGUCUCAAAAAAGCCCCAUACCUCACAUGAGAAAUCCUCAGCUCUUACUCCAGGGAGGAGAGAAAAAACCAUUCCCUACUAUGUAUGUGCUUGUUUAAUAUGGACAAAUUGAACACUAGCAACAUUUUUAUAAAUUGCAGCUAUAACCUCAUAGUGGUGUCCCAUUGCUGUGUCCAUCUUCUGUUUUUUAGUGAGUGCAAGGAGAAUUGUUUUAAUCUAAGUGCAUGAUGAGGAAAGCUUGGCACUGAUUUAAUUCAUAUACCAAACUAUAGUCUCUGGUUUCUUGUGGUUUCAGAAAAAACGGAGUGAAAUAGCUUGCUACUGGGAGAAUCAGGCUUCUGGUUGCCAAAAAGGCAACUGUGCCUUUCACCACUACAAGGGGCGCUUUGUAGAUGGAGUCUUCUUACCUCCCAGCAAGAGUAAGUAUAUGUUUUUUCUCAUAUUGUGGUAUCAUACCUUUGGUUUCCUUUGUGUAUACUUUACCAAAAAUAACAUUUCCUGAAACUCUGCUAGAACUAAAAAAAAAUUGUGGUGUUUUGCAUGCGGUUUUAUUUCCCAUUAGCUUUUUUCCUCCUUUAUCCCCUCUUAUCAUCUGAAAAAGACUUUCACAUGUGAGCAUACCCAAAUCUUUUACUUUUAUUUGCAAUUUAUUUUGAGGGUAAUGUUUGUUGUGUUUUAUAGCCACCUUGCCGAAACCCGAACCUGCAGAGAUGGAACCCCAAGUCUCCCAGCACCAGAUGGCACCAAACAAGCUUCCUGUAGCCCCUACUCCACAGCUGCUUGGUGUAAAAAAAAUGGAAGCAACUGAGAGCGUUCCCAGCCCUACUCACCCACCAGUGGUGAUUAAUGCUGCGGAUGAUGAUGAAGAUGAUGAUGGUGAAUAGUCAGGUUUUCAUUUGUGAAGUGUAGAACAAAUAAUACCUGAAUACACCUCCAAGCUUCCGACUGUUCUCACAAAAGGGUUAAUUAACAGUGGUUUGGGGUAAUUGCUUAAAUUGAGCAUAUUUUGUCUUGCAUUGUAUUCCAUUCUGGUUCCAGUAUUUUCCUCUAGAAUGAUGUAAAAAAAGUAAGGACUAAUCAGUAAUAGUUGUGGUUUUUUUUUAUUUAUUUUUUUAUUGUAGUAGGCCUCUAAAUGUGAGCACAUUGUGUUUCAAUGUUUGCCUCUUCUCACUUUCUGAUUAAAAACAGAUCAGUUUUCUGAGGAAGGGGAAGAGAUAAAAAACUCAGGUCAGCAACACUUGUCACCAAGCAGCAACCAGGAAGUGCGUGUUACAUCUGCAAAAAAAACACCUGCCAAAAAAGCAACAACACCUAAAAAAGGUAUGAAGAUGUUAAUGUGCACUUGGCACACAAUCUAUGUAUCUGUGUAUAUAUCUUCUGGAACAGUUAAUUGGUUUUAAACAUGUAGGACCCAUGGUGGUCCGUGUCAAAUCUAUGAGAGGGAUGCACUCUGAAUACAGUCACUCACUAUAAAUGUGCCUGUAUCUGCAGUCACCUUCUCCCUUUGCCAAAACUGUGUCAUGUUGUGUUUUUUUUUUUUUUUUUUUAGUCCGUACAAUGAAAAGAUCCCAUGAAAGACCUUUUGCAGACAUUUAAAGCAUUUGUUCAUUGUAGCAUAAUUACCUAUAUUCUAGGGUAAAUAAGCCUUCAUUUGACCAAACCUUUCAUAGUUAUAUUUGUUGCUUAAUAAUUUUCUCCCGCCCUUAUAUGAUUUCACAUGUUUUAUUACUUGGUGUUAGGAAACUGUACUUCAUAUUGCAGGGAUGUUUUUAAGUGUUUUCAUGAAAUAUACACAUUCUCUGGCCUUUGACAGUAUCAAAUGCAGGGCUGUCACUAUUGAAAUGUAAGGCGGCCUGUACUUUAAAUAAUAUACACUUUCUCUAUUCCUCCUGUUUGUUUUUCCAGCCUACUUUGAAGGUGAUAAUUUGAACCUUGGCAUUAAGACCAUAGGCGAAAUAAAGUCCAAGAAGCAUAAACUACAAGAGUGUGUCCAGAAUGGUAAGUACAUUUUUACAAUAGUGGUAUUUAUAUAUGUGUUUUACAUGUAGCAUGUUUACUUGGAUCAACUAUGCCCAUAGCAGGACAGAAAGACCCUUAAAAACUUUUUUAAAAAAACAUACAGUGGGACCUCCUAUUACUGUUGACUGUGUUUACUGAUAUACUUCCAGUAUGGAACUCCACCUUGUUUAUUAUUUCCAGAAGGACUCCCAAGUAGUUCCUAGGAUACUCUUAGAUAGUGUACCAUAUAGGUUAAUUGAGGAACUAGACUGGGAGUAUCUAUGUGUGUGCUGCCAGUGUUCAACCAUGUUCUAUCUUGUGUCCAUGUAUACGUAUUGACUGGAUAUAUUCUCUUACUGGCAAAAAGUAAUAGUCAUAGUAAACUUUGUAUCAUUUAAUCGCUGCCUGGAACUUGUUUUUACAAUCAUUUUAGUACAAAAAAUUCCAGGUGGAUAGUGUUAAAAACAAAAAUACAAGAUUAUGAUAGCGGUACUGAUAGAGAUUAGUUAGGGUAACAAAUAUCAUCCUCCCUCACCCUUGUGUGUGCCAAUAUAUAGUAAGAUGUUAGUAGCAGCAAGAAUGGAUUAGCUCUAGAUAACUCCAAAAAAAAAAAAUAUCAAAGCAUCAGACCUAGGAUAAGAGGACUCUGUCAAAUAACAAAUCGUAAAAAUUCUAUUGGACCUAAAAAAACAAAAAAAAAAACCAGAAACUAAUAAGAUACAAAACAACAAUAAUAAAAUAACAAGUGUCCCAUAACAUUCUUUUUCACAUUUUACAUUAAUUCACAUUAUUAUUUGUCAACAUAUUUUUGCUGUCCUUUGUUAAGGUAGGUCUAAAGGCAUAUAGACUUUCUCAGACAUAUAUAAUUUUUUAGAGAUUUUUGUUGUUCUUUUUUCCUGUUACUCUUUAUAAAGCCUUAACACAGAUGUGUAUAGUUUGACUUACAAAGACUGUUGUGUAUUUACAUGGCCUGUUACCUUCUUUUAAAGAAUCUAAAGUUGUUCCAAACCAUGUGGGUCCCUUGCCUAAAGAGACAAUUUCAGAAACGGUUUUACCCGUUGUAAGAACAGUCACAUUCUCAAACACAGGUACUUCAUGCAUGCUUUUCAGUUGUUUUUGUUUUUUUUUCACCCUGACAAUGUAUUUCUUCAGUUGGUGGUGGUGUUAAGAUGGGUAUCCAUUAACAGACCAUCACCUGUGUGACUUUUGUGUGUUUAGAAAAAACUUUGACUUGUUUGCAACUUGUUACUACUUACACUGACAUCCUCACAAGUGCUAUUUUUGGCAUCUACAUGUUCUUCCUUCAACUCCUGCCAAAUUUGCUUGCAGGCAGUUAUGCCAAGGCCUUGUCCUCCACUGUCACGCAUGCAAAUAAAUCAAAAUAGGUCUUUAUGACAGAUCUUCUGAGACAUACAAUGUUGUGGAGUUUUCGUAUGCAUACACCGUAAAUUUACUGUGCAUCUACGGUACACCAUGUGAGAAAAUGCCUAUAAUGUUACCAGUCAUUGAUUGGUGGCUGAUGUUAUUGGGAUGGCUUAUAAGCCCUCCUGUAUCUUUGGAAAUGUCCAAAAGUUUCAACGUAGCUCCCACAAUUAGCCCCCUAUGUAACAUACAAGUAGCCAAUUUUUCUUUGUAGGCAUAAUUACAUUAAUAUAUAACUAAUCAAAAAGAGAGCGCAUAUAUAACAAAUUAAAGACCUUCGUAGUAAUUUACAUAUGGUCCAAAUAAAACAAUAGGAAUGAUCCCUAAUUUACUCAAACAGUGAUAGCUGCUAAAAUAAAAAGAAUUUUCCCAAUUCCAAAGAACAAAUGUAAAUAAAAAUUUCAGCGCUAAGUAGAUAGUCCCCUUGAAAAUAAAAAGGUGCAUAUGUAUGAAAACAAAUGAGAAAGUCUCUAGCAAAAAAGUAUCCAAAGUAUAUAAUUCAUCUACAGAGUCCUGCAAUAGGAAAAAUCCAGAUAACGUUGUAGUAUACAGGAACUCAGAAACAUGUAGAAAUACCUUGGAAAAAGAGAAACAAAAAAAGAUACAUAGCGUAAUUCUGUAUCAAAAAUUCAUUACCCAGGAUACAAAAAACAAAAAGGAAAACCCCCCCAACUAUUAAAACUCUUACACUGUGUAAAAUAAAAUACUCAUCAUAGUGGAUCAAGCAGACAAAAAUCCUUCACAUCCCCUCGUGUUUCUAUUAGAGACAGCUCCUCAAUCAGUGCACUCGGGAGGGCUGUCCAUGAUGUUAUCGAUGGGGAAACGCUGGCUGAAAGUCCAGCUUCUACCAAGCGUUAGUGAAGUGUGCUGCAAAUGAAUCUUGUAGAUGAAUGAUGAUAGCACCUUAUCAACGCGUUUCGCCCUUCUAACGAGGGCUUUUUCAAGAAAGACCUAUCUGAUUGUUCCUCUCCUAAAAUAGGACACAGUGCAAACUAUCACUGGUGUUAAUUCUAUUUAGGGGUUUGAAAGUGCUAUUUAUUUUAUUUACUACUUACACCUUUAUGUGGAAAUUAAUGUUAUUGUGGAAAUUACUUCUCCUUUCUCUCCGCCUAGUUUCAGUGAGCACAUGCUCUUGUUUAAUUAAUUUAAAGGAUUGCACCUGGAAUCACCUCCAUCCUUGAUGUUGGUGACUUACCACUCCCAAAAGUAUUUAAAUGUAAUAGAUGGCGAGAGAAUUAUGGCACUUGUAGUUUAGCAACAUCUGAGGGACCAGUGUUUGAGAUGCCUGCUUUAAAGGGACACUAUAGGCAUCAAAACAACUUUAACCAUGACAUGUCAUGAUUCCCUUUUUAUUCCAGAAGUUUGGUCCUUAAGGGGUUAGAGAAGUUAUUUUGGUGCAUGAAUCAUGCCCCUACAGUUUCACUGGUGAAUUCUCUGAAAUUUUGGAUUUAAAUCACUUUUGUUUCUGUUUUGUGCAGCCCUACCACACCUCCUCCUGGCUGUGACUGACAGCCUGCAUGAAAACAAUGUUUCAUUUUCAGCAAGGUGUUAAAUUUACAGAGCAGGAGAUAAACACUUCCAAAGCAAUUUAACUUUAAUCACACUCAGAAAGCUCCUGCGGGGUCUAUCAUGCUAUUAAUAUAGCAGGAGUAAAAAAAAAACAAAAAAACAACAACAACACUGUGCUAUAUAGGUAGUUUAAACAUUAGAUCACUCUUUAUAGGAAGUGUUUAGAAAAGCUGUGCAAGUUACAUGCAGUGAGGUGUGACUAGGGCUUCAUAAACAAAGUGCUUUAACUCAUGAUAUAUAAACCAAAACCACUGUAUUAAUGCCAAAGUUUUGGUGCCUACAGUGACCCUUUAAAGCACCAUCACAGUUUGCAUAAUUGCAAAACGUGCCCUCUAUUGCAUAGCACACUUUGCAACACCACACAGCUCUGAAAGUCGUAUAGAACUGCAGCAAUAUGUAAAAAUUGCUGAAGGUCUAAGGCUGUACUGGUUUAUGGCUGCACUAUGUACAGAGAUGGUAAUUGCAUGUGCUUAGUGGACACACACUCAUGCUGCACAAGUGCCUGCACUGGCAGAUGGAAGAAAUGCUUCCCCUAUGAUCUCAUUUAGUAUAUGUUUACAUGCUACUUUGGUUAUAAGCAACACAAUGGACAUAGGAGCUCCAUAAUAUAUGAAACUGCAUGGACAGUUAUGCUUACCUUUUCAUGGAAAGCCGCAUACAGUGGUGGAUAAGCUUAAAUAUUCUUUUGACAUUUCACAUAACACAAUAUCAUCUUUAUCAUCUUGUGUUCGUGUGCUUGGUAUCGAAUUAGUAAGAUAGCUGACAAAUGCCUAGUUUUUAAAGGUUCCUUAACUUAUUUAUGUUGUAUAUUUAUUUGGACGGGUUACUCUUAUUGAUAUUGUUUUCUUCCUCUUUUUUUUUUUUAAGCAGAUCACUCCAAAAUACAACUGAGUUUGGCUCAGAGGUUAGGAAAGCGCUCAGUAUCUGGAUGUGAUAGUCCACUCGGUAAUUUUAAUUCAUGCCUUUUAUCCUGGGGUUAUUGACUGUACAGAGGAAACAUUUAGCACAAGUGUCCUAUGUUUUUGCUGGAUUAAAAGUUACUCCUUACAUUUGCACCUCAUGAGACAAAUGUUUUCUGCUUUUGACAAUUCUUUAUUGUACUUCACUUUAUUAUUUGGGGUUAUUUACCAGGUUCCAAAUGUAUAGAUCAAUGUAAUUAUUUGAAAACCAUAUCCAAGCUAAAGUUCCAAUUUAGUAAAAGCACUUUAUUAGCUCCACAUUUACCAAUUUGUGUUGAAAGGUGUUUUCUAGAAUGUUACAUGCUAAAUUACCAGAAUCUGAUGCUACUGUAAAAUUAGUUUGCUGCACAAACUGUUAAAAGAACACUAAAGUUUUAGGAAUGCUAACCUGUAUUUGUAGCGCUUUAGUUCUCCUGUCCCUAGGUAGUAUGUCUUAUGGCUUUGUGCUUUGAAAUGAAAGCCUUACAACAGCAUGACCUUUCCUCACUUUCGAGCUUUAGUGAGGGAGCUAGCAAACUGUCAACAUUGUUUGUUUUGUGUUUAUUUCUUUUUUUACUGCUCAUUACCUAUCUGGUCCAACUGAGUUAAUUUUGGUAAACUUGGAGAGACUUAAAGAGACACACCAGGCACUGUAAUGGCUUACACUAAUGCUAACUGCUUCAUUGAAGUGAUUAUUCUGUCUGUCCCCUAGCACCGACCUUUUAUUCAGUGUUAAAUCAUUUUUAAUUAUUUAAUACAAAACAUGAGUCCCCAGCAGCCCAUCCCUUCUGUGCUUUUUGGGCUAUUAAGGAAACGUUAGCCUGAGCAGCAAUGGGUGCCUGCGAUUGGCUGCGAAUGUCAGCUAAUUGCUUUCAGCCUAUCAGAACCUCCCUUUGCCAGUAUAAAUUGUUAUGAUUUAAAAAAGAAAACUUGAUCAAAUAAGGUUUAACACUGAAUUGAACGAUGGUAUCAAAAGACUACAGGCAAUAUAACAAUAACUUCUUCACUCAGGAAAAAAAUGGUUAUAGUACCUAUUGUGUCCCUAUAAAUUUGUGGCAAAUUAGAAGUAGUCCGACAGAGUACCUCUGCCAAAUCUGCUUCCUCGUAGCUAUAAGGGACUCUGGAGCACUUCAGAACCAGUCGCCGGGGCUUGACUGGGAUCACUGAGGGCCUUUUCCACCCUGAACCAAACACCAGACGACACUUGGUGAAGGUUAAACAGCAACUCACUUAAAUAGACAUAGCACAUAAAAUUUUAAGCCCCCAACAACCGCAUUUACAUACAAUAGGUUGAUAAGAGCACGAUAGUACAAGGAAGGUUGGGGUUAGGCAAUAGCAAUGGGUUGAUGGGAGAUUGAGGAGGGACAGGGCAGCUAGUUUAAACUGGUCUGGCAGUGUCCUUGGGAUAACGCCCUGCUGGUGAAACAAUAGGACAUAAAAAAGGGGAAGGGGGAGAGGCUAAGACAAGUAAUACUCAACAUAUCCUGCACCAAUAAUGGGCACAGGGUGAACAAAACACAAAAGGAAUCUGGGGACCCUCACAUAGUGUGUCUUCCAUCCCCAGUGACCGUGACUACCGUCACAGAAGUUUUGCUUUCUCAUUUUGGAAUUUAAUUUUAAUUAUAUUCAAGAUUUUACUCUCUGGUGGUCUUAGUUUAAAUUCUUAAUAUAUUGAUUGUGCUUUGUGGUUGUCAUUUGUAAUGAAAUGUAUGUAUUAAAGCAUUCUUGCCAUUCCUCUUAUCCCUCUACAGCUGUCUCUGAAGGAGAGUGUAUUCCCCCUGUGAAGAAAAGUCUCUCUGAAAGACUUGGGAAGAAUGUGGUGCCACCUAAAGGCAGUCAUGUGGCACGCCCAACAAAAGGUACUUAGCGUUAAGUUCCUAUACCUCAGUGAAGCUUACCCAUUAAUGGAGGCUGACAGCUGUGCCAUAAAUUAGAAAUUCAAUCAAAUAAUGAUUAGAUGAGAGGAUACUGGUGGAGUUAACAUUAGAUUUAAACCAAUCAAUCUGGUAAAUUCCCCCUGGAAAACUACUUCCUCUUCGUACGUGACGUAAGCGUAAUGAUGCUAAACGUACAAAGGGACGUCUAAACAUGAACGUCUUAAUCCCCAUUAGUGGCGAGCAUGUCUAAGGACCCGACGCACAUGCACACAUCCGCAUAGCAAUGGCAACACAUAAAUGUGAACACAUAAACGUACGCACACGCCCAGAACAAUAUCAGAGCUCGCGAUAUAAUGUGCAACCAUGGCCGCGGAUCAUCGCGCACUCCCAACAAAAGGUACUUGGCAAAAAUAUAUUUGUGACCGUUGUACAAAAAUGACACCUGUCUUAUUAGGUUAAGUUAUUUAUUUGUAUUCUUUUUUCUUUUUCUUUUUUUCUUUUUUUUUUUAUUUAUAUUUGUUGUGCAUGUGCAGUAACAAGCCCAUUAAUAACAUUAUAAGACAAUAAGUAAUGGCAUUCAGAGUAACCGCACAAUUUGUUUACGGAAUAAUAAAGUAAUAAGCAGGCUCAUCUUAUGUGCCAAAGCAGUGUAUACUAUAGAGAUAGUAGUCAAGUAAAUUGGCUUAGACACAGGCUAUAAAUGAGAUCACCCUAAAGGUCCUUCGGGCAUAUGUUUAAACUAGUGUAAAAAAUGUAAAGAAGACAAGAUAAUAUGCAGUGUAAAGGCAUUGGAGGGGGAGUAAAAGCCAUCCAACAAGAGUUACAGACCCAGUUCAUCUUAUGCCAAUCUGGGGUAUUGCGUUGGGCGGCUUCUGCAAGACAGUCAUCAGGCUUAAGGGCUCAUGCAUAAGCUGGAGGUGCAGCAGAGUGGAGCUUGGAUAUGAGGCAAGUUGUGGACCCCAGGGCCUCUUCUUUGUGUUAGUCCCUCUGGUGAUGGCAAAGCAAGACCACAGUGUGGCUGACCUGGAAUAAUGCUGUACCCAUGUUGUGUCAGCCCGGGCUUCUCUGCCAUUUUCAGGUGCACCUCAAUCCCAGAGGUUCUCCUCUUGGAAUUUUGUGGGAUUUUCAGAGAUGACUGGAUGCCCAUCUCUCGAGGUUUGCUGCAGUGUUGGCACUUUCUGGCGCUUCAACCUAGCAAAGAGUUGAUUGAUUAAAAGUUAUUUUUAAUAUGGUGGGGAUGAUAUAGGAGCUCUCUUUUCUCCAGCGCCAUUAUAAGUACAUUUCACCAAAGCUUUCCCUUGGUAGCUUCAGAACUUUUCUCUCCCUAAUGUGUUUUUGAAAAGUAAAACCAUAAAAUGCUUACAUAAUAUUUUUCUUCUUUUUUUUUUCGUUAAAGUUCACCGCUUAUUAAAGGAUCGUCUUGGGGUACCUGCAGAGAAGAACAGUGUGGAAACAGGUAUUGCAAUAUAGAUUAACAUUUUGACAGGCACACUUCGUUCACUUUCAGUGUACAUAAUCAUAAUUAUAAAAUGGCAGAAUUUCAUAGCCUGUUUUGAAAUGCCAUGUUAGGCAAUGAUUUUUGGACAUUCUAUAAACUAAAAGAAAUGCGUGCGUCUUUUUGCAUUGUUUUUCAAAUAAGGAUUUGUCUCCCUUGAAAGGCAGAGACAAUCACAAGACCCCAGACCCCGCCAAUUUCUAGAAGUGAAUGGGUGAUCCUUAUAUGCUGUGGCAGCAAAGACCGCUACAGGGCUCCUGCACAGUUUCCUGACUCGCAUAGCUAAGAUGAAUUGAUAUGAUUUCACCUCGGGAGUGCAAGUGGAGCCUUUAAGCUGCCUCUGCUGUUACAGCUUGAAGAUAAAGCCGCCUCAGCCCUAAAAAAAGGAAGAUGUUGCAGAUCUUCAAAAUCUUUUCAUCUUCCAAACUGCUGUUUAAAAUGAGCAGAAGAGGGGGAGAUUCAGUUAUGUGAACAGCUGGCUAGGUUUGUUAGAGCAUAUGGCUAAUAAAAUUUUUAUCAGGCUUCUAACCUUUCUAGGUAAAUGUGGUAAGGCAUAAUUUAUAAUGUGUGUAAUUAUAAACACACUAAUUAAGCCUUGACACAUUUACCUAGAAAGGUUAGAAGCCUGAUAAAAAUUUUAUUAUAUUAAUAUAUAUAUAUAUAUAUAUAUAUAUAUAUAAAUAAUGGUCUUUUAGGUUUUUGUUUAAGGAAAUCCUCUUUUGUUGUUCUCCAAACCAGAAAAAUUAAGGAGAAUAUAAGACAACUAGUACAUCUAAUGUUUUGGAAAGCUUUUCAAUAUUUUUCUUCUUCUCUCUUUCCCCAGUUCCCCGACUGUUAAAGGAUCGACUGGGACUGCCAGCCCAGCAGAACAGGGAUGAGACAGGUAUUGCGAAAUUGAUGUAUUUGUUAAAAUUCAAAUCACCGUAGCUGAAAUGAAAGCAGAUCUGGUUUAGAGAAUUUCCAGUUUGAUUAUUUUGAUGUUAAAUUUGAAAUUCACUGUGAAUUCUCACAUACUAAGUAAUCCUUAAUGUAAACCGUCUUGGAGCUGUAAAGAGCUAUAGUGAUUCAAACCUGGGGCACAGCACUCACAGUUUCCUAGCAUAAUAUUAAUAAUUAGAUUAGUGGCGACUGGCCUUGAUGUGUCUCUUUUAACACUAACAAUUAUGAUAAAGCCAUUUGUGCCAUACAUUAUAAUGUUUAUAAAGAGAAUUAAUAAUGGCAGCUGGUAGACAAACUGGCUGUACUUCUGCAAUAUUUUCUUUAUCACCCAGUUAAACAUGUUGAUUUAAUGCUUUCUAAACCUUUUAGGUCUCUCAUAACAUGUUUGAGAGAAAGAUCUGAAGGAACUAGAAAGUUUUGCAUUUUAUUCUUCUUUACUUUUACUGUGACAAUUCUGUAUGUGAAACAGGAUGUGUUAUUGGUCUUUUGUUAACCAUUCAUAGAGAACACCUGCAACCAAACUACGGAUUUUCGCAUCAAGACUCUCCAAGAAAUCCGUCAAGAAAAAGCCACCCUGAAGCAGGAACUCAAAGAACACCUCCCCAAGAUUGAGAAUCCUUGCAAUAUAAAACAAGAUGCAACAACCAAACAGCCUUCUGCCCUUGAGAUUAAGACCAUCUCUGAAAUAAAAUUACAAACGAGAAAGAGGCGGAUGGACGGAACGCAGAAGGCUGAAACUAAUGAAGAAAUGAAAGUGAUGUCACCACCCAUCAAACAAAUACGGGUCAAAACCCUGGAAGAGAUCCGCAGGGAGAAAGCAUUAAGACUUCAACAACAGACUGUGCAUACACAGAAAGAGCAGGUGACAUCCAGUCCUCCGCCUCCAAUUACUCGCAAGAGAGUACUGAGAAUCCCAAAACCUCCAGGUAAAGCAUAGUACAUAGUUAAUAUUACAAUAUGGUAUACAAAAUGUAUUCUGCAUAAAAUGCUAUUUGUUUUCUAGUGCUGUUUUUUGUUGCUAAUAGAAAUAUAUUAUUUAUUCAUAUAAUACCAACAUUUUAGUUUCGUCUGUAUUCCAAACUUUGGUAGAAAGUUUUACUCUCGACGAUGAAAUACAUAAUUAUACAACAGCAUGGAAAGUUUACAGUGGCGCGGGGCAGCAUAGAAGCCUUGCAUGUUUUCUGUUACUGCAAGUACUUAUUUAAAGGCUUAUAUGUGUAAGGAGGCAAAGCUGUUACAAGGUGUUUGUAAGUGUGAAUAAGGUUAGAUUGUAUUAAUGAUAAAGUACAGAGAUGGUGAAAGAUGAGCUUAGCAUAAGCAUUUGUUUAAUUUCAACCUUUUUGGUUUGCAGUAAUCAAAUCUGGAAAUUAUGAGGGAGUGAGUAAUGAGGUUUUACACAAUACUGAGUGAGAGAUUGGUGGAUUUGAAAAAUAUGAUUGAAUAGUGGUGCAGGAGGACUAACUUGCAUAUGAUCUUGUGGCAUCUUGCAUGAUCAGGAAAUUAUAUUAAAGGUGCAUCUGGUUUAUGGGAAGUUAGGUCAUGAGUUUGUUAAAGAGAGUUUAGAUUUCAGAUUGUGAGCGUAUACCCAGAAGAAAAUGGGAAUUUGGAUUCCAUGGGUAUAUUGGAUAUUUGGCAAACUAAAUGUAAUAACUGUACAUAUCUGACACUUUGUAAUUGUCCUGCCUUUUUUUGGUAUCUCACUGAUUUAACUAUUUGUCUUGUAUUUAAAUAUAGUUAUUGUAGACACCAUACCAACCACUGAAGGACCAACAGAACUUAAAAAAUGUGACUUUCAGGCUGGCCCUGAAAGGAACACUGUUAAGGUAAGUGUGUAUUUAAAAAUGAUGAAACUUUUAUUAUUUCUAAUUGAUACUUUUAUUUAACAUGUAGUGUUAUUUUAUUUUCUUCCCCUAGAGUUCUGUCACCAUGUCUAUGAAGCCACCUGCCGAGGAAGAGCAUAAGCUGAAGCGUCCCACUCAUCAACCUGACAUUGAGACAUUUCCUACGAACACCAUGUCAAUGACAUCCAGUGUGGAUAAACCCAAAGCUGAAAAGUUGUCAGAACCUGAAAAAAUACACGGUAUGUACCUUUAAAAAUAAAAAUAAUUUAAAAAAAUCUCUCUACAGAUGUGUGGGUGUGGUUGUGUUUUUUUUUUUUUUGUUUGUUUUUUUUUUAGCUGCUUUUGAAACGUUCUAGGACUAGGUUGUGUGUACAAUUGUGUGUGUGACCCAUGUAAUUAAAUAAAUGUAUUUAAUGUUACCCUAGGAAAUGAAUGGGUGUUGUGUACUUUGCUACUCCCUUCCUACUGAGCAAUAUAAAAACAGACAUGUUAACCAUACUUGCUGUCUCUUGUUACAGGAAUACCAAGAAUGAAUGUGGAACCAUCUGUUGUGAAGAACUAUACACCAGCUAAGAGUGCAGUGAAAAGAAAAUCAAAAGAGAGCCUGGUGGUAGCUGCUGUGAAGCCUCUGAGUCCGGUUUCUGCUAACUCUGAAGACGUGCCGAACCCAAACAAACCAUCCUUGGUAAGAAGUGCUUUUUUUGUUAGUACAUAUCAAUCACAUAGAGCACAAUAAGUGACAGAGACCAACUUUGGUUUACUCCGUCUGCCAUGUGUUUCUUCUAUCAAUCUUUCUCACCCACAGAUUUUAACAGAAGCCACUCUUCUGGAAGAGCCUACUGUAAACGGGCCGUCACCAAAACAUCUCAGAGAAAGGUAAAAAGGACACACGGGAAAUUCACAAUUUUAAAAUAUAUGAUAUCAUUAAAUAAGUAUGUUGAGCAUAUGUGAUACUGUUCAUAUUCGAUGUCUAUGUUCAAAAAAAUAUUUAACUGUCUUCAAUGGUGCUUCAGAGAUAUAAAUUGGCAAAAAGUAAUGAUUAGAUUAAGGUUAAAGAAACACUCCAAGCACCAUAACCAUUAUGGUGCUAUUAAAUCGUUAGAUGCAUUAUGAAUACAAUCUGAUUUUUAUAGGAGCAUGUGAAGCCUAAAAACAGGGGCUAACUUUAUAGGGGGCACUCCACACACAUAAAGCACUUUAUCCAGUUUUUCUUCCUCUACCAUUAGCUCCAAGCCUGCCUUUCCCCAUUCUUAAUGAGCUGUAUUGAGAAGCAUUGGAAGUAUUAGAAAGCUGAAUGCACUUGUGUAAGCAGAGGCUUCUCAAAAGCGUAGGGCUUACAAAGACUGCAGGCAAGGAUUGCAACUUUUACAAUCUGUUUUUAGAUAUACCCCCAACGAACACACACAGAAAUUAAUGCACCUCUUUGCCAUAUAAAAAUAUAUGUGUGUGUGUGUAUGUAUGUAUGUAUGUGUGUAUGUGUAUAUAUAUAUAUAAAUAUAUAUAUAUAUGUGUGUGUGUGUGUGUAUAUAUUAUGCAUUUUAUUUUUUUCUAGCUCCGAGACUCAAUGCUGCCACCCAAUCCUGCUCCCAAAAUGUCCUGGGGGCACUGCUUGCUGUUUUCUUAUCCAGUCUAAUGCUCCUCAUAGAGAAGCAUUUGGGGACAGGGUGCAUUGCAAGUCCCACACGUCAGAUGGAAACGCUUAUCAUAGGGAAGCAUUGAAUCUAACACUUCUCUAUGUUCGACCUCAGGGAUGUUAGUCUCAUGACAGUGUGAAACUCUGUUGUAAUAGUGCAAGCAAUCCUUUUGACUACUAAACAGCAAUGUUUUAGAUUGAAGGGCUAAAAGGACUCAGAUCAGUUCAUUGAGUUAAAGUCAUCUGGGUGCUUUUAUUGGUCCUUUAACAUCCCUGGCUCUUAUGCUGCAUAAAGCAUUAUAUAUUUUGUGUGUGUAUAAUGAAGUAGUGCUAAGUGAUGCUUCCAUAACUUUUAACUGCUUUUUCACUAUUUUAGCUUGGAUCCUCCAGUCCCAGAGGCAAGCUGCCCCAGCACUACAUUGGACUCUCGAAGGGUCAGCACUGCUUCCACAGGCAAGCUUUCAUUAUCUGCAGAGGAUGACCUUGACAGUCUGCUCUGGGAGAUGUCGGAUGAGAAACUAGGGGAUGAAAUUGAUCUGUAUUCCAGCAAAAAUGAAGAUGACCUGUUACUUGAGUUAUCAGAAAUGAUUGACAACUAAGCACAAGUGGAGCAAGAUCUAGCCAUACACAUCUGAUUAUCUUCAGGGAUACCAUAGACACAUCAGUUGCUGACUUUAGUCUGUCCUCGGGGACACAGGGAUAUGUAAAUAUUUUCUACUCAUCCAAACUCAAGAUCUGGACCUACAAUUGCCAGUUUUUUAAUGUGGCAUCUUACUCGUAAAAAAACAAAAAAACUAUAAAAAAAAACAAAAAACAAUUUAACUAUAUAAAAAAAAAAAUUAAACUAGGAAAAAUCCAGCUGUCUUUGUCUUGUUUCAUUGGAUCUCAUCAUUUUUGCCCCCGCAGCUGACAUAAUGAUGCAUAUGAUUUCACAUAUGGUUCUCUUACUCAGGCGUUUUGCAGAAUUAAGGAACAAACUUAUUUUAAUAAUUCUAUAUUGGUCACAUGGUUAAAAAGAGACCUGUGCUUUGUGAGGAACUGGGAUAUCAUUUCUUCUGAGAAUUCGUCCACGUGUCCAUUUUUGAUCACUUUUACUGAGAUUAAAAGCCAAAACCAAUCCAAAUCUUAGUGUCACUUACCCUGAAUCUGAAACUGUUAUGGCUGUUAUGACAUACAUUUGUAUACUACUGCCUCCCCUCUGUGGGACUACAUUGCAUUUGUACAGAACCCUAUAAAUGACUAGAAGUAUGUUGCCGAUGGCAGAUUUAUUUUUUAUUUUUUUUUAAACCUGAUUUUUACUGUUAACAUAAUGUCCCCUUAUUACAAAAUUUAUAUUUAAUGGAUAAAAUAUCCCUACAUAUAUGUUGAGUGGUUAUAGAAUAAGGAAUUUAACGAAAACUUAUUUUGUUUUUACCUCUCAAGGAUCUUAUUUUGCAUAUAAAUAUACUGGUGCUGAUGAUGAUAUUAAUGCAAAUGUAUAAAUUUCCUUAAAAUGUACAGUAUGAUUUGAAAAAUUGACAUUCUGAGAUCUGUGCUUAAAAACAAAAAGUGUCUAUAGCAGAGACAUAUUUGAGUUCUUACCCAUCUAACUACAUUUUAGUUGCCUUUUGUAGUUCCCGACCAUAAAUGCACUAUUAGAUUACUUUUGUUCAGGGGAUGUUCUACCAUGUAAGAUAUGCAUUAACUGCCAACAGCUCUUGAAAUACAUAGGGUUGACCAAUCCUUGAUUUAAUAUUUUUGGGUCAUUGAAUGUCUGUAUAUAUUUGUUUUUCAAAUUACUUCACUGAGUGUAUAUAUAUAUAUUAACAUUAUUUUACUUUAGAACCAUGGCAUUUGAAAAAUAACUUAAUACAAUUACUCUCUAUAAGUUUGGGGGGACAACAUGUCAGAUUUCCAUGUGAUCAGUUAAGCCAAAUAAAAAUGGAACUAUUGGUAUUGGUGUGUCCUGUUUGUCAACACUGUGUUAUGUAAAUAUUCUUGCAGCAAUGAGCCGACCCACUUCACACGAGAAGCCAAGGCACUACCAUAGUUGUAUGGAAUAUAGCCGCCUCCUCUGUUUUCUUGAUAAACAUUUGAAGAAUCUUAUGCCAUUCGCUCAGACAUGACAUGGUGGUGGUCAUCUGAGGUUGUAUUUACCUAAUUUUAAGUCCUACUAAGGAACAGAUGGGUGUUAUGUCCUGAUAUGUAAAAGCAUAGAUUUCAAAGAGGGUGUACUUUGAGUCAAGAAAAG